AUGGCUAUCUCACCAAAGCUGUACCAGUUUCUGGUCGGUGUUUUCGCUUCGCUUGGAUUUUUCAAUUAUGGCUACGAUCUCGGCGUCAUUGGUGGUAGCGUAGCCUCGACCUCAUUCAUGACCUACUUCAAUAACCCACACGAUGACCAAGUUGGUGCGGUCGUCUCGCUGUUCACUGGUGGUGGCUUUUUCGGUGCGAUGGCCGCUGGGCCUGCGGCCGAUCGUGUCGGUCGCAGGUUCGCAAUCAUCAUUGGCGCCGUCACCUUCAUCCUCGGUGGUAUUCUCCAGGCUGUGGCGCAAAACAUAUCGUUCUUGUAUUCAGGCCGAGCAAUUGGAGGCUUUGGAGUUGGUUUCCUUGUCAUGAUCGUCCCCCUUUACCAGGCCGAGAUCUCGCACCCAUCGAUUCGUGGUCGCGUUACUGGGUUGCAACAGUUGAUGCUCGGGAUUGGCGCAGUCACAGCGACAUGGCUCACACAUGGCACAAACGUUGGUAUCUCCGGCACCGAUAACAACCAAUGGCGUAUUCCUCUUGGCAUACAAGUCAUUCCUGCUGGCGUUCUUGGAGCGCUUAUUCUCCUGUUUCCUGAAUCUCCCCGUUGGCUCGUUGAUCACGGCCGUCGCGAAGAGGGUCUCAAGACUCUCGCACGGCUACACUCAAACGGCAACCUAGACGACCCCUGGGUACAGGAAGAAUUCCAUCAAAUCGAACAGGCUAUUGAACACGAGCACUCUAUCGUCGCCAAAGGCUACAAAGACCUCUUCACGGAUCGAAGCAGCUUCCGCCGCCUCUUCCUCGUCUGCGCCAUUCAAGCUUCAGUGCAAAUGACGGGAGUGUCAGCGAUUCAAUACUACACGCCCCAAAUUUAUAAAGGGCUCGCAAUCGGCACUGGAGAUGCGUUGAAGUACCAGGGCAUAAGCAACGUGCUUUCCGUGGUAGCGCAAGCCUGCACCGUCUUACUCAUCGAUCGUAUCGGGCGGCGCUGGCCCCUCAUCAUCGGCAAUGUGGUCAAUGGGCUGUGCUGGAUCAUUGUCACAGCGGCAAUCGCCAGGUUCCCUACCGCUGGCCCGAGCUUGCAGCAUUCGCUCGGAUGGGUCUUCAUUACCAUUAACUGGCUGUAUCAGAUCUCGUUCAGCUUCACAUGCGGGCCGCUCUCGUGGAUCAUUCCCGCCGAAGUCUUUGAUACGAAGACGCGGUCUAAGGGCGUGUCAAUCGGUGUCAUGGUGUCUUUUGCCUUCAACACUCUCAUUGGUCAGAUCACUCCUAUCGCCAUGGAGAGUGUGGGCUGGCGCUAUUUCCUGACGUUUAUCAUUUGCAACUUUACCAAUGCGGUCUUUUUCUGGGCUACGCUUCCAGAGACUGCAAAGAGGCCGCUCGAGGAGAUGAAUGCGCUGUUUAGUGGAAAUAAAUGGUUUGUUGCUUUUGGUAGGGGGAAAGUGCCGCUGUCGCACACGGGUGCUGCUCUUGUUGGCAAACAUGCCGACGAUGAGGAGAAGGAGCCUUAUGCUACGACAGAGGUUGUUCGAUGA